ACUUAUAUUUCCCCAUCCUAAAUUCUGGGUAUGACUUGUUGUCAGAUAGUAAAUGUUCCUGAGAAGGGGACGAGAAAACAUCCUCGCGGUGAUAACGUUCAGAUAGAUACAAAAGAUAUUUUGUUCAUAUGUGGUGGAGCGUUCAUAGAUCUAGAAAAGACAAUCUCUGAUAGACGGCAAGAUUCUUCUAUCGGUUUUGGCGCGCCUGUUCGUGCUAACAUGAGAAUGGGUGGGGUUACGAGCGCUGCUGUUACAUCUUCGUUGCUGGAAACGGUUGAGAGUUCUGAUCUUAUAGCAUAUGGUCUGAUACCAGAGUUUAUAGGGCGUUUUCCAAUUCUUGUUAGCUUAUCAGCCUUGACUGAAGAACAGCUUGUCCAGGUAUCCAUCAUUAUUUCUUUAUUGUUGUUCAUCUAGAACACCACAACUGGAAGAAAGAACUUCGUUAGAGAUCUAAUAUUUAGUUAACAAUUUUGUUUAUAUGAAAUAUUGUCUGAAUUGUUAGAGAUCUAAUAUUUAGUUAACAAUUUUGUUUAUAUGAAAUAUUGUCUGAAUUGUCCAAUAAGAUAGUCACAUCAGUUGGGGAGGAGAACGAAACACCCUUAUAAGGGUGUA